GCCCGCUCUCAGACUCAGAUAAAGCAUUUCCUUCCAUUGUCAUCCUACCCGGACGGCCCCGCUGCCAGAACCCUCCCCCUCUCGGCCCCCUCCCUUCCUCUCCAGGUCUAGCUGAUUUUCUGCAGCCUCUGGUGUCUCCGGCGAUGUGAGGCCGGCGCCUCCGACCCCUCGCGCCUGCCCUGAUUCCCACCAUGAGCCCCCCGCUCUGAGGGCCCCGGUCCCUGGAUGCACAGACCCGGUGCUGAUGGGACCCAGGUGAGCCCUGGCCCCCAGUAUUCCAGCCCCCCUGGCACAGCCAGUUCCACCAUCUGUCCUGGGCUGUCAGUUCCUCAGCUCCAGCCCAUGGACCUUCGGGUGGGACAGAGGCCCCCUGUGGAGCCUGCAUCAGAACCAACUCUGCUGGCUCUUCAGCGCUCUCAGCAUCUGCAUCAUCAGCUCUUUCUUGCUGGUCUCCAGCAUCAACAGGUAGAACACAUUCAGCUCUCCCUGGAGACUCCAGUGCAAGAGGCACCAGGAGGCCAUCAAGAGCAGGAGCUGAGGCAACUUCUCCACAAGGACAAGAGCAAACGGAGUGCUGUGGCCAGCCAUGCUGUGAAACAGAAAUUGGCUGAAGUCAUUCUGAAGAAGCAGCAGGCAGCAUUGGAAAGAACUACCCAUUCCAGCAUUCCCUUCAGAACCCUGGGGUCUCUAGAAACAGAAGGAACAUCCUCCACCAUGCUGAACAGUUUCCUGCCCAUGGUCCCCAGCCUGCUCAGUGACUCUCCAGAACACUUUCCCCUUCGUAAGACAGUCUCAGAGCCCAACCUGAAGCUACGUUACAAGCCCAAGAAGUCUUUGGAGUUGAGGAAGAAUCCACUGCUCCGCAAAGAGAGUGCUCCUCCCAGCCUUCGUCGACGUCCAACCGAGCCCCUUGGGGAUUCAUCCCCUAGCAGUAGCAGCACUCCUGUUUCAGGUUGCAGCUCCCCCAAUGACAGUGAACAUGGUCCUAUAGCUGCUGUGGGCUCAGAGGAACUUUUAGCCCAACGACUUCGACUCCAGGAAAGUUCGCUUGCCCCAUUUGCCUUGUCAACGGUAUCUACACUUCCCGAAAUCACCCUGGGCCUGCCUGCCACCACUAGGGCUGAUGGUGACCGAAGGAUUCAUCCUGCUUUGGGGUCCCGGGGACCUGUUCUGGGGAGUCCGCAUGGUCCCCUCUUCCUCCCCCCAGGCUUAGAAUCUGAGGCAGGGGGUACUUUGGCAUCCCACCUACAACCCAUCCUCAUCCUGGAGCCCUCAAUAUCUCAUCCCCCACUGCUGACUGUGCCUGGGAUUGGGCCACUACCCUUCCAUUUUGCCCAAUCACUACUCUCCAGUGAACGGCUUUCAGGGUCAGGCCCUCACACACCACUGAGCCGGACACGCUCAGAGCCCCUGCCCCCAAGCACCACUGCUCCGCAGCCACCAAGCUCCCUGCAGCCCCGCCUGGAUUGGCUAAAACAGCACUCACAGAGCAAGAGGCCAACAAAACCAAGUGAGAAGCCUCGACUUCGACAAAUACCUUCAGCAGAGGACCUAGAGACAAAUGAGGCACUCAUCCAAGGCCCAGAACACAGAGAUCUUGGCCAUGGGAAACCUGAAGUUGGUAGUGCUGCCUCCUCCCAGCAGCACCAGCAGAUACUCCUGUGGGAACAGCAGCAACGGUUGUUGGGUCGGCUUGCCAGGGGAAGUUUGGGGGACUCAGUGCUGUUGCCCUCUACCCAGAGUGGACAUCGGCCCCUGUCCAGGGCUCAGUCCUCCCCAGCUGCUCCCAUCUCCCUGCCAACUUCAGAACCACCUAACCAGACCUUAGUACUAUCUUGCCCUGAAACUCCUGCCAGGACCCUACCCUAUACAACUGGGUUGGUCUAUGAUUCAGUGAUGCUCAAACACCAGUGCUCCUGUGGGGACAACAGCAAUCAUCCUGAGCAUGCAGGCCGAAUCCAAAGUAUCUGGUCACGGCUACAGGAACGGGGGCUACGGAGCCAGUGUGAGUGUCUCCGAGGCAGGAAGGCCUCAUUGGAGGAGCUACAGUCAGUCCAUGAUGAGAGACACGUGCUGCUUUAUGGCACCAACCCACUCAGCCGACUCAAACUAGACAAUGGAAAGCUUGCGGGGAUCCUGGCACAGAGGAUGUUUGUGAUGCUGCCUUGUGGUGGCGUUGGGGUGGACACAGAUACAAUCUGGAAUGAAUUGCACUCCUCCAAUGCAGCCCGUUGGGCUGCUGGAAGCGUAACUGACCUUGCCUUCAAGGUGGCUGCCCGGGAACUAAAGAAUGGUUUUGCAGUAGUGCGGCCCCCAGGACACCAUGCAGACCAUUCAACUGCCAUGGGUUUUUGCUUCUUCAACUCGGUGGCUAUUGCAAGUCGGCAGCUACAGCAGCAGGGGAAGGUUAGCAAGAUACUCAUAGUAGACUGGGAUGUUCACCAUGGCAAUGGAACUCAGCAAACCUUCUAUGAGGACCCCAGUGUGCUCUACAUCUCUCUACAUCGACAUGAUGAUGGCAAUUUCUUUCCAGGCAGUGGGGCUGUUGAUGAGGUGGGAGCUGGCAAUGGAGAAGGCUUCAACAUUAAUGUUGCUUGGGCUGGAGGUCUCGACCCACCCAUGGGAGACCCUGAAUACCUGGCAGCCUUCAGAACAGUUGUGAUGCCCAUCGCCCAAGAAUUCUCUCCUGACCUGGUCAUGGUGUCGGCUGGGUUUGAUGCUGCAGAUGGCCACCCCCCACCUCUGGGAGGAUACCAUGUCUCUGCCAAGUGUUUUGGGUACAUGACACAGCAACUGAUGAGCUUGGCAGGAGGAGCAGUAGUUUUGGCCUUGGAGGGUGGCCAUGAUCUCACAGCCAUUUGCGAUGCCUCUGAAGCUUGUGUGACUGCCCUGCUAGGCAACAAGGUGGAUCCCCUCUCGGAAGAGAGCUGGAAACAGAAACCCAACUUAAAUGCCAUUAGAUCCUUGGAAGCUGUGAUCCGGGUGCACAGUAAGUACUGGGGUUCGAUGCAGUGGUUGGCCUCCAGUCCAGAUUCCUGGGUCCCCUCAGUGGCAAUGGCUGACACAGAAGAAGUGGAGACAGUGUCAGCACUGGCCUCCCUUUCAGUGGGCAUCCUGACUGAAAAGAGGCCGUCAGAACAGCUGGUGGAGGAAGAGGAGGAGCCUAUGAAUCUCUAAAGCUUCAAGACAAAUCAAUCCACCAUCUACUUAAAUCACCUUCAGACCUAGAUCUUCUAACCAAUGACCACCAUGUCUAGUCUUUGAGGCUUCAGAUUCUAAGGGUCCUAGGAUCUGAUACCUGUCAGCCCUGCCCUUUCCUUAACAGUCACACCAGAGAACUUGGGAUGACUCCCAAGCCCUAGAGAGGGAAACAGGGAAAAGUCUCCAGAAAGGAACUAAGAGAGAUAAGAGAAUCGUGCUCUGCCAUUCUCCCACUCCUGCACCUCUUCAAGGGCAGAUUCCUUUAGUCCUCUGAAGCAUGGCCUCCUAGGACCUCUGGCCUACUGAAGACGACAGCUUUCUUCCAGGAAGUCUCCAAGAGCCUUGGCUCCCGUGUCUCAACCCAUCCUAACCACUAUCUCCACUCCAGGGGCUCUAUGCCCUUUGCCACAGAGUCUCAAGAUCUGUAUGGAAAUGUGAACUCUCACUCCUUCCUGAAGUUAGAGUUUGAGAGAGAAGACAGGUCCAUUGUGAGGCCCUACCGUGAUCUCUUCCUCCCUGUACAUGAUUAGAUAUCCUGUCAUCUCUCUACCCCAAACUUAUUGGGCUUUCAGGGACACCCUUUCCAGGCACUAAAACAUAGCAUAAUCUUUUUAAGAGUUGCUAGUUAAGAUAAUUAUCCACCCCACCCCAUCUUCAGUGCCUGAACUGUGUAUACCUUGAUUCAACCAUCUCAGUAUCCUGGGAAGUGAGCAAGCUGUCCCUCUUCCCCAAGCAGAUGGUGCCAACUCCUUUAUCUUCUCUCUGGGAUACAACGUAACUUACAGGGAGCCUUAGCUUUUCCAUCUUAAGGCUUCCAUUCAGGCUUACAUUCCCUGUCCUCACACAGAACUGCCUUAGCUAAAGAGGAGGUAAGGUUAAGAUGUGGGUCAGUGAGGACUGCUCCUGGGGACAUCAGCACAGAAGCUUCCUAGCUCCAGCUUGGGGCCAGAAGUAUUUGUGUGUGUGCGCGCAUGUAUGUCUCUUCCACAAAACUCCUGUGUAUGUGCAUGUUUUUGUUUAAGAAAAAAGAAAGAAAAAGAAAAAUCUGAAUAAAAGUUUAUUUGCUUUAAAAUUGCAUAAAACAAGGACCUCCUAGUGAUGAAUUGGUUAAAGUGUGUGCACACAAUAUGCACAUAAAGUGCAUAAGUAUGUAUAUUCUUACACAUGUGAAUAUAUAUGUACAUGGGAGCACAAAUCUAGGUCAGACAUAGAAAAGAAGAGAGAAUUUGGGAGAUGAUGUGGCAAUUUUUGUACUUGGUUUUUCAUUCAUA